AUGUCGACACCUAGUUCCUCGAGGAAGCUCCUUAUUCUUUUUGGGAUAGUUCCGCGAGACCCAAACCAGAGGCCUCUCACGGUGAACUCUCUCUCUCCGAAGAAGCCGAAAGCGAGAGCGGAGGGAAGAGGAUGGAUUGAUGGAAAUCUGGCUCGGCUGACCAGAAGGAUCAUUAGUCAGGACACAGGACACAGAACUCAGGAGCUGACAAAUGGUCCUGGCACACAUGGUCGCAGGAUGUGUGUACCUGGACAACUGCGGCUAAUCGUCUAA